AUGCCUGAUGGGCAAGAGAUUGCAGUUAAGAGGCUCAAAAUUUCUUCUCUGGAAGGGCAGAGGGAGUUGACGAACGAAGUCAAGUCCCUAGCGAAACUCAGACACAGGAAUCUUGUCCGGCUCCUGGGAUGCUGCAUUGCCGGCGAAGAGAAGAUGCUUAUCUAUGAGUAUAUGAAGAACAAGAGUUUGGAUGCCUUCAUAUUUGGUAAUUACGUCUCAUUUUACAUUUUGGCACUCUAAAAGGGUAGAGACGAUUUUCUCCAAUCGCCAGCUCACGGUUACCUUUUUUUAUCAUAUUAUGUUUUUAGUAAUAUUCAUACGAGAAGUAAUAAUUGUAAGACUUGGACGAACAUCCAUCCAGAUGAAACCAAGCGCGGUAUUCUGGGAUGGAGAACAAGGCUUAACAUCGUGCACGGCAUUGCUUGCGGACUACACUAUCUUCAUGAUGAUUCCGGGUCGAGAAUCAUACAUCGGGACGUGAAGGCUUGUAACGUUCUCCUUGACGUGGCAAUGAUCCCCAAAAUAUCAGACUUCGGUACUGCAAGGAUUUUUGAUGGAGAUCAGAUGUUAGAGAGGAGCAGAAAAAUCGUUGGCACAUAGUAAGUUCGUUACGAAACGAAGCAAGCAAAUCAUAGGAUUAUGGUAAAUAAAAUUUGGGCAAAGAAAUCACUCGUUUUUAUUGAAUGUCUUAUCGUCUUUUUUUAUGGCUUCCAUGGCUGUCAUACAGUGGAUACAUACCCCCGGAAUAUGCAAUCGACGGUGUCAUCUCUACGAAGACCGAUGUAUUCAGCUUUGGGGUUCUCCUCCUGGAGAUAAUCAGCGGAGUCCGGAAUCGAGGCCUAUACUUUAGUAAGUCCGAGGAAAGUCUUCUGUCAAAGGUAAACCUGAACAAGUGCAACUAUGAAUUAUUUUUAUUGCACUUAAUCUGUAUAAAUUUGUAACGAGAUUAUCAGGAGGCUCAAUAAAUUUGUUUGUCAACUGGCGAACUUCUUUCCGAAGGUGUGAAGCCCGGAAUUGUGUCCAUCUUUCAAGUUUGGCUGUCGCACGAUUGCCAAACAAAAGUUUGCCCACAUGAUAUCUACAUAUGCCUCUCGGACGCCAUCCCUUCUCUCUCCGAUAUGGCUGUUUGUCUUCCAUGAAUAGAUAAAAACAGACGGCCUACCUGGUCAAUCUUUUAGAUUUGUAGGAUUUCGAAUCGAAGAUAAUUUUCGGAAUUCUUGCUUGUAUUUGUGUGUCAUGAAUGGUUAGGCUUGAGCUUGCUCGACAGGCCGGCAUUUAGGUUGGGCUAGACAACGUCUAGGCUGACAAACAUGCUUUGCACUCAAGCAACGGUAGAUGUUUUGAUCUAACGAACAACGGUAUUCUUACAUCGAAUUUUUUAUUCAGGCUUGGAGGCUAUGGGAGGAGGGCAACUGCGCAGAACUCCUUGAUGAUGCACCAACAGAUCUUCGUCCAAUUUCUGAAUUAUUGAGAUGCAUCCAGGUUGGUUUAUUGUGCGUGCAAGAACAGGCGGUGGACAGACCCUCAAUGGACACCGUGACCAUGAUGCUCUUAAGUGCAACAUUUCCCCUACCUCAACCUAAGAGGCCUGGCUUCGUCAUAUUCGGUAGCUGGAAGCAUUCCGAUAGUGCUUCAUCAGUUGAGCUCCAAGACGAGGGCGGAAAUGGGGUAACACGCAGUAUGAGAGGGGACGUAGAUUAA